AAUGCUCCGCUCAGCAGUUUCAGCUCUCUAUAGAGCAUCGAGAAGCUUCUCCGAGACAGUUCCCAGACUUUCAGCCACUCCACUGGGGAAGCAAGAGCCCCAGUUGUCCCUGUCAUACACCUGCAAAGUGUGCAACUCCCGGGAGGGCCCAAAAACAUUUGCCAAGUCAUCAUACGAGAAGGGAGUUGUCAUUGUCACGUGCUCCGGCUGUCACAACCAUCACAUCAUCGCUGACAAUAUCGGAUGGUUCGAGGACUUUAAAGGAAAAAACAUCGAGGAUCAUCUGAAAACGCGAGGAGAAGCCGUGAAACGUCGUGACACGAUAAAGAACGAGAAUGGAAUUUUUGAAAUUCAAAAAUGAAUAAAUAAAUCGAUAUUUUUU